CGACAACCCCAUGCUUCUAUGCACUAGGCCCUAUAAUACCUAACUGAAGUCUUCUUGACAUCUGACAUUCCCCGGAAGCCUCCCACACUCUUUACACCAUCUAUUCCCAUCACUAAUAAUUCUUAGAAUCACAUCCAAAAAUUUGUCUACUGACGUUCACAUUCCAUCAUUCCCUCAACCACUACACAAUGGCUUCAAAUCAUGACCAAGGUUUACACUAUGAGUACUCGUUUCCAACGAACCGAGGUGGUCCAGAUGGUCAUGCUUCGAAAAAGCUGCAUCGACGAGGGCGGAACAACCAACGUGACCAGUGUGAACAGGGUGAUUAUGACUUAGGCCCGGGGAAAGAUCUAGAAGCCAGUUAUGAGCAUAGCUCUGGCACCAGGAAGUUCUUGAAGAACAACUUGAACAAGAUACGCGGGAAUGGUCUUGAGCGGGAUGAAAGGCUUGCCGUCGAUCAGCAACAACGGUUAGAGAAGGAAUUGCACGAAUUAAGACAGAUAAGCUCAGACCAACGGAAAGAGAUUGAGGAGCUUAAGAGGAUGAUUCGAGACGGCGAUGAAAAGUCGAAUAAGCUGAAAAGGCGAAAUGAAAAGCUCCAAGCACAGAUUGACAAUGAUGAGUCAGUCUUAGGGCACCAAAAGUCCGACGAGGAUGUCAAAGCACCAUUCCAAAGCAUGAAUAUUGCCAUCAAGAACUGGACCAGUAAAUGGUGCGAUACUACCCGGCGCAACAUUGAAUGUACCUUUGACAGACUUUUCUGUGAAAAGAGGAUGGGUAUUGUCCAGAGUAUCCUACCCUUAGUCAAGAACCAGGACGACUUCAUCUCCCUAAUCCUUGAUGUCAAGCGACGGCGCAAGUUUGUCCGUGGAUGGAUUGGAUUCCACAUCGCUAAUGACAUAUUCCGCACGUUGCCAGGGCCAAGUGGGAAUGAGUCCGGGUCGGACAUCUGGAUCCCCGCCAAGAUUCGCGGUUCAGUGGAUGAAGUCGAGCACACGUUGCUGAGCUCAGGCAAAUGCUUAAGUAUGAGCGACUUCAACCAAUGGCGAUCCCUCACUAUGACUCUUUUGUUCAAAAAAUACCCUAGCAUCUCCGACGAUGCGUGGUGCUUCAUGUCAGAGAACGCGAGGGAUGCGGUACACGACAUCGCUCCUAUUAUUCCGAGAGUCGAUAGAGAUGCUGCUGUCAAGCACCUCAUAGAAACCGUUUAUAGACCUGCAUUAGAGUUCGCCCAAUUGCUCAGACGCCAGCGAGCUCUAUGGAGCGUCCGAUUCCCUUGCCUAAUGACAGUUGGCAGGAGCUCCAUCUUCAACCCAGCAUGCAUGAAGGAUUCCGAUGACGACGAGGAAGAGCCAAGACAGCUCGAUGCACAAAGGUACAUCGAAAUAGUCUCUACACCUGUACUUUACAAGUCAGGAAACAUUGAUGGCAAACAGUAUGAUGAAGAGAAUGUUGUUGAAAAGGCAGAAAUCUCAUGUGAGGCCUUUGGUGCACAAUAGCUCGAUAUCAAGUCAUGGUGUUUUCCUUAUAACUCAGAGCCUUCGAGGCUAGACGGGGGUUACGUAUCGAGAUGAUUUA